UUGUCACAAUGUGGGGGAAGUGACGUUGGAUAUCUCCCAGAGCUCCUUGCGUUACAAACAACAAGCGCGAAUGUUGGUCUUCACUGUUUUUCGAAGGUGAUCCCCUUGAGGCAGGGGCAUUAUGGCCAGAAGCAAUGAAGGUUCAUCUAUUCUCAAAGAUGUUGUGGCGUACGUUGAUGUGUGGUCAUCAUCUAAAACAGAGAACAUAUCGAAGCCCUUCAUUGACGAACUCAAGGAAAUGGGUGCUGAGGUAUCAAAGACAUUUAAAAAACAUGUCACCCAUGUAGUAUUUAAAGACGGUCACCAAUCUACUUGGAAUAAAGCCAGGAAAAUCGGGGCAAAGCUUGUAUCUGUUCUUUGGGUGGACAGGUGUAAAGAGGAAGCAAAAUUAGUUGAUGAAGAACUGUUCCCGGGCCAGAACGAUGAAGCCAAUCGCUUGAUAAAGAAAAGGACGCACCGUUGCAUGCAGCCGAAAGAUUCUGCUGAAAAGACUCCUGAGAACAACAUACGAAUGAAGAAGAAAUUGGACAAGAUGAUCAAAGACCUCGCUCCCCAAUACCCUCUCUUCCCAGACGUCUCCCCGUACAUUAUCGACCAGGAGAACGGUAUCGUCUACAGCCCCUCGCUGAAGCGGUCCGACAGCAUGGCUCGACGGUUGAAGGAAAUGAGGGAGAAAAGAGACAGCCCUUCACCCCCAGCAUCACAGGAGGUGGAGGCUGCAAGUUCCUCUCCAGCGGUUAAACCUUGUUUUGGUUUCUCUCCGACUAUAUUGAAGUUACUUGAGGACGACUCUGAAGAGGAGGCCUCGUCUCCAAUGUGUUCUCCCCAUCUCCCUGCUGAGGACAGAGGAGGCGCUAGCCUACAUAUGGAUACUGGCACUCCCAAGGCCGCUGAAAGGCCCUGGCUCUCACCUUGCAGUGAUGUGCCCAAAAGGAAAUCCAUGAGUCAUUUUAGAAAGCUGAAGUCAGGAGACGGACUACCAGAAGGAGGGCCCUUGCGCCGAAUGUUGAGGAGGAGCUCAAUGAGAAUUGAUUACUUCAAGACACAAAGCGGCUCUGAGGUUCCUUGCCAGGAUACCAUAGCAGAGCUUCCUGAAAAACCCAAGUUAAUACAAUCCCAGUUAAAAUUUACGUCUCUAGGGGAUUUGAAUCCCUCUAGGUGCCUCUCUGUUCCAGCCGUUACUCCAAACACUCAAAAGAACCAAGAACUAUCCAAAGGCGCCGUGUUUAAAUUAAAGAAAGCGGACCCGCCAACCCCUAACAAUAAGAGGAGAGCCUCUUCAUCUGCAUCGUCGAGGAAGUCCACCCUUCCCAUUGAAUCUCUAAGCGUUGUGACACCUUUACCUGAGGGGGAGGCAGACGGAGACUUUGAGGACUACUUCUCCUCAGCCAACCAACACCCCAUCCAGAAGGUACCGUCUCUGCCCUGGCUGUCCAAGGGGGGCGGGAUCCAGCCUCCUUUCCAACGGGCCCCCGUGCCAGGCAAGAGGACCUCGAGGAGAAGUGAAACCUCGGGGCCAAAUCAUAAGAAGAGGAGGCCAAAUGAAUCACAGAGCUCAAUUGACUCUUCAGACGUACACGAUCAACCUACAUCGCAUCCCCACGUUCCAGUCCCCGUUCCCUCCCUCACUAAAAGUAGACUGAAGUCGGUACCAAAAAUGGACAUGGAUGAUUUUGUAACUCAAGUGGUCAGGCAUAGAAUCCCAUCUAAUCCCACGAAAGGGCCCCAAUUAGGCCCGAUCAGAGGCAGUGAAUCACAUGGACUGCAGGUACAACCUGAGGGCAAAGUCUGUCCACAGGACAUGGAAAGUGGAGGAAGUCAACAAACUGUAGCAGCUGGUCGCGCUGGGAACACGAGUGCAGAUGAGGCAAGUCGCAUGAAAAUGGAACAGUCGAAGGCUACUAGGACUCUGGUGACGACGAGCAUGUCCACUGACACGCAGAAGACUGUGACCGAGGUGGUGAAACUGCUGGGUGGGUUCUCCGUUGUGGACCUCGUGUGCGAGACCACCACCCACGUGGUGUCCGGGGGACAGCGCCGCACGCUGAACGUCCUCCUGGGCAUCGCUCGCGGCUGCUGGGUCCUCUCCUUCGAAUGGAUGCUGCGGAGCUUGGAGCAGAGACGGUGGCUUCCAGAAGAACCCUAUGAACUGUCUGAGAGUUUUCCUGCUGCACCGAUCUGCCGCCUGCAGCAGCACCUCUCAGCCGGGGAACACCAACAGGACCUGUUUCACCUCCAGCCGGCCAUCUUUGUGUCCCAGCAGUCCCAGCCGCCCCCCGACAGCCUGGUGGAGCUCAUCCAGCUGUGCGGGGGGACCGUGUGCAAAACGGUCCGACAGGCAGGCCUCUGCGUCGGGCCGUACAGCGGCCGCCGACCAGAAGGCUGCAGGAACCUCUCGGAGCAAUGGGUGCUGGAUUGUAUUACGCAACUCAAGCCGCUGUCCUAUGAAAACUACAACCUGGAAUGAAAAACUACAACGCGGUUUUAAUCAGUCAUGUCUGUAUUGUAAAUGUAUAGUCCAUGUAAUGUAUAGUCCCGCACCUAUGGACUGUAAUUCAGUCCAUAGGUACACGCACGCACGCGCGCGUGCGCACGACUUGAUGAGUUUGACUAUCACAACUGGAGAUAUGUGAAUGGAUUUGUGUGUUUUUUAACUCUUAGCAACUGGCAUUCUAGUAGAAUAUUGUAAUGUAUAGUAUGUGUCAUGUAAAGUGCCUGAGACAUAACACUGUAAUUCAGUCCAUAGGUACACACACACACACACACACGCACAUGCGAUUUAUUGAGUUUGACUGUAUCACAACUGGAGAUAUGUGAAUGGAUAUGUGUGUUUUUUAACUCCUAGUAGAAUGGGAAUAAUCAAAUGGGAAUGUGUUGUAACACUGUGUACAAAGCUAUUUCAAUUCUUAAAAUAUAUAACCAGUUUUUUGUAUCUGUGUGUUUUUCUGUCAUUGCAGUUAUGGUACUUGUGUUUUAAAUAUAACAUGCAUUCACCAAUCCUUGUCUUAAUGUGUUGUACCGUUCUUGCCAUUCUGCAUGCCAGACAGUACGAUGGGGGUUAUUAAAGUUUUUGUACCUUUUGUAGACACGCAUCAUUCAUUGUAUGCGUUAAGCCUAGGCCUUCGGGUCGCAGUAUGCAAUUGUUUGAGAGUUCAAAUAACAUCAACGGAAAAAAAAUAAAAUAUAUGUAUUAAUAUUACAUUUCAGAUCUCAUGUUCUAUUGCUGUGCUGUGUAGAAAUAUA